UUAAACAUGGCGGCGCCCAUGAUGAGCGUGCGAUAGUUCUUGCAUAGAGUGUCAAAGAUAAAUCACCUGCUUAAUGCCGCAGUCCUCACAUACAAUAUGGACAGACGAGAGUUCACAGCCUCCCUUGUGGCAGGCGGCUGUGCGGGAAUGUGUGUAGAUCUCACUCUAUUCCCUCUGGACACCAUAAAGACUAGGUUACAGAGCCAGCAGGGCUUUUACAAGGCGGGAGGUUUCCGAGGGAUCUAUGCAGGGGUCCCGUCAGCUGCUAUAGGCUCCUUUCCCAAUGCUGCUGUGUUUUUCGUCACCUAUGAAAGCACUAAGUCGUUAUUUACCGGCUAUAGUGCUACAAACUUGGCCCCCAUCACUCACAUGCUGGCCGCUUCACUUGGAGAAAUCGUCGCCUGUCUGAUCCGUGUGCCGACUGAAGUAGUAAAGCAGAGGACACAGGCCAAUCCCUCUCUCAAUACCUACCGAGUGCUGCUGAAUACACUACAUGAAGAGGGUUUCAGAGGCUUGUACAGAGGUUAUGGCAGUACAGUACUUAGGGAGAUCCCAUUCUCGCUGGUGCAGUUUCCACUCUGGGAGUACCUAAAGGCCGUUUGGUGGAGGAGGCAGGGGGGACGGCUGGACUCUUGGCAGGCAGCAGUGUGCGGAGCUCUUGCAGGUGGAGUAGCAGCGUUUGUCACGACUCCGCUAGAUGUCGCGAAGACUUGGAUAAUGUUGGCUAAGGCUGGGACGAGCACAGCCAGUGGAAACAUCCCAACGGUUUUGUAUGAGGUGUGGAGGAGCCGAGGAAUACCUGGGCUGUUCGCCGGCAGCAUCCCCAGAGUGACGUUCAUCAGCAUGGGAGGCUUCAUUUUCCUCGGAGCAUAUGAGAAAGUGCGCCGUACGCUUUUAUAAACACCGUCGUCAUGGACGGUGUGGGUCAGUUUGUACUGGACCCGUUUCCUCAACCCAAACUCUGACUGUUCAGCCAAAACUGCAAAACAAGGUCAGAGACCAGGAGCAAACAGUAAACUACAGAUGAGUGGAGGUUGGUCAAAUCUGACCGAGAAACGCACCCUCUGUCCCAGUUUGAACCGGUGGUCUUGAGGGCCACGGCGAGGACACUGGUGCCUGGAUAAAAAGAUCACAUAACACAGUGGUUUGCAUUCUUGAUCAUCGGUGCACAACAGAUUGAGUUUAACUGCCUGAAUUCCACUUAUGUUGCACCACAGAUCGAGUUCAAACUUAGAUGUCAUUUUUGCAAGCCUA